AUGCUGAAUUACUUCCUGGUGGAGCAUAAGAAGCCUAAACAAACAACUAACGUAGCAGAGUACUAUGAGGAAUUUGAAGAGUGGAGAAACGAGAUGUUGGCUUUGAAACCAGAACUCAGUGAAGAAUACUUUAUUGAUGGUUUUAACUUUGGGCUUCAUUGGAAUAUCCGGAUGAAGCUAAAGGGAUUUAGGAAUCCACCCAAGAUCAUGUAUGAAGCAUAUGUCCGAGCAAAAAUCGAGGAAGCCGUGAUGGAGAAGCAUGAUUCUGCUCUUGAUUUACCAAAAGGAGAGCAGCUUAUGAGAGAAAAUGAGGUUAUGGAGGCUGAACACAAUGAUAUAAUCACUAACUUGAAGGAUGAAAGUGUAGUCAGCCACAUGUUUGAUGAAUUGUGCCAAAGGACUCCAAUGGAUUUUUUAGAGGAGAACCAACAUAAAACAUCAGCAAGGGACUAUCAAGAAGAAAAAGCUAUAAACCAAGUGUUUGAUAGAUUGGCUCACAACGAUUGUGUUAUCUCUCAAGGGCUUAGCUAUGAAUUGCUUAUAGGGGAGCUAGCUUGGCAACAAGGCUCUAUAGACAAGGAAAUAUUUAACUCUGCUUCACCGCUCCAUUGUCCCAGAAAUUUGUCUUCGGUCAGCUGCAAGGAUGGUGCUGUCAAUAUUGUUCCUUCGCAACCAAAUAGACCACUUGAUGACUUGAUAUUUGAUCCUGGGGGCAGUACUAAAAUAGCAAUGAACAAAGAUGCAGAGGGUGAAGGGGGAAAUGAGAUGCAAAAUCAAGAGAAAGAGAAUGAUGGAAAUAAAAAUAAUGGUGAAGAGGAGGAAACUAGAGAAGACGACCGGGGAAAGCAUGAUGAAGAGCAAAGUGGUGAGGAGACUGGAGAAAAUAAAGAAAAUGGUGGCGCGGAAAAAGAGAAUGAAACGAAGGAGGAGAACAAUGAGAAUGCUAAUGAAGACACACAAGAAAAUGGAGCUGAGCAGAAAGGUAAUGAGGAAAAGGAUGCAAAAGAAGAGAAUGGGGAAAAUGAAGAGACCAGGGAAAAUAAGAAUGACCUGGAUGGAGGUGAAGAGCAGGAGGUGAAGGAGCAGGUUAACGAUGAGAGCAAGGCAACAGAAAAGGAAGAGAAGAAACAAUUAGGCAAUGAAGAUCAAGGUAGAGAGAAACAGGAAGACCAUGAAGUGAAGGAACCAAAAGAAGGUAAAUCUGAGGAAUCACCAGAUGAGAAGGUUCAUCAAGCAAAUGAGCCGACAAACGAAGCUGCUGCACGGGAAAACACCAAUGGUGGGAAUGCCCAGAGUGAAGAGGUUCAGGAUGCUCAAGGUAUGAAAGACACUGAGAAAGUAAAUAAGGAAAACGUAAAUGGGGAAGAACAGUCGACUGAGAAGGUCCAGGACAAGUCUGAAGGCAACAGUGAAUAUGUGACAGAGGCAAAUAAGGUACACGAUAAUGAAUCAGGUUCAAAUGCAAAAGAAGGUGAGUCAAAUGAACAGAAUAGUCCAUCAACUGUUGCGACUGAUGAAGGCAAUGACAGUGAAAACACACAGCAGGGAUCAGGUCACGAUUCCAAUCCUGCAGAAGGAACACAUGAAGCUAAUCAAGAACAAGGCAACGGCAAUGAGACCACACAGCAGGAAUCAGGGGAAUCUUCCAAUCCCACAGAAGGAACAAAGGAAGCUAAUCAACAGCAGAGCAUUAGCGACAAUUCUAAGGCUGAUGCUGAUCAAAACCAGAGAAAUGCUGUUGGUGAUGUCCUUCCUGGGGGAGAUGGUGCGCAGUCUACUCAAGAGGAGCAAACCGAGAACAAGGAUGCUGCAACAAACAAUGACAAAUCCGAUACAAGUUCAAAUAUGAAGGAGGGCUCAGCAUAUGGAGAAGGUUCAAAUGAUGUGGGCAAUAGACAAAAUGCUGGUAGCGAUACUGUUGGGGGUACAGAGAAAAGUUCAGAAAAUUCAUCAGCCAAUCAGGUUAAUGAAAAGGUUGAGAUCCAGAAGUCUGAUGCUCAUUCUGAAACAGGACCGGAAGAAAAGAUUAACCCUUCAAAUGACAAUGGCUGA